AUGGGGACAAGCCGAGCUUGGGGGGACGCACUGGAGGAGGGGGAUGAUGCCGGGCGGCACCGGGUCCUGGUGGGGGUGCCGGGCCUGCCGAGCUUCCAGGAUGGAAGGAGCAGCCGCUGGUCCCCAGGCGGUCACCCGGUGGCACCGGCACUGGGCCGUGCCGGCCUGCUGCAGGUCCCCGAGGGUUUCACGGCUGUGAUGAGUGCCACGAGCUGGGAGAAGCAGAAGGAUAACACCUUCGUCUUCAAGAUGUCCCAGCCGAUUCCCUCCUACCUGAUCGCUCUGGCUGUUGGGGACAUUGUGUCUGCUGACGUUGGCCCAAGGAGCCGUGUCUGGGCCGAGCCCUGCCUGAUUGAGGCUGCAAAGAAGGAGUACGAUGGGGUGAUUGAGGAGUUCCUGGCGGUUGGAGAGAAGCUCUUUGGACCUUAUGUUUGGGGCAGGUACGACAUCCUCUUCAUGCCGCCCUCCUUCCCCUUCGGCGGGAUGGAGAAUCCCUGCCUCACCUUUGCGACGCCCUGCCUGCUGGCCGGGGACCGCUCCCUGGUGGACGUCAUCAUCCACGAGAUCUCCCACAGCUGGUUUGGCAACCUGGUCACCAACGCCACGUGGGGCGAGUUUUGGCUGAACGAGGGCUUCACCAUGUACGCCCAGAGGCGCAUCUCCACCGAGGUCUACGGUUCGGCAUACACCUGCCUGGAGGCUGCGACGGGAAGGGCCCUCCUGCGCCAGCACAUGGACAACACGGGGGAGGACCAUCCGCUCAACAAGCUGCGGGUGGUCAUCGAGCCAGGUGUCAAUCCGGACGACACGUACAACGAGACGCCCUAUGAGAAGGGGUACUGCUUCGUGAGCUACUUGGCCCAUCUCGUGGGGGACCAGAGCAAGUUCGAUGCCUUCCUCCAGGCCUACGUGAACCGGUUCAAGUUCCAGAGCAUCACAGCGGACGACACCCUAGGUUUCUUCCUGGAGUACUUCCCGGAGCUGAAGGAGAAAGGCGUGGACUCCAUCCCAGGCUUUGAGUUUGACCGCUGGCUGAACACGCCGGGCUGGCCCCCCUACCUGCCCGACCUCUCGCCAGGGGAGCAGCUGAUGAAGCCGGCAGACGAGCUGGCAGAGCUCUGGGCAGCUGACGGCUUGAACAUGGAGGCGAUCGAAGCUGUGGACAUCACGGCCUGGAGGACGUACCAGCUGGUCUACUUCCUGGAUCAGGUCCUGCAGAAAUCCCCCCUGCCAGAAGGCAACGUGGAGAGGCUGAGCAAGAUGUACCCCAAGAUCUCCAAGGCCCAGAAUGCUGAGCUGCGACUCCGCUGGUGCCAGAUUGUCCUCAAGAACAACCUCGAGGCAGAGUACCACAAGGUCAAGGACUUCCUCCACAGCCAGGGGAAGCAGAAGUACACCCUGCCCCUCUACCGCGCCAUGUGGGGUGGGUCGGAGUCAGCCCGGGCCCUGGCCAUGGAGACCUUCUCGGCUACAGCCCCCCAGCUCCACGUGAAUGUCCAGAACUACAUCAAGAAGAUCCUGGGCUUGGAGGUGGCAGAGGACUAGAGCAGCCUGGGCUCUGCUCCCUCUGCAGGCUUUCCCCCUGGCAGGACCUCAGCACGCUCUC